AUGCCACUCUUCUCGGCACGCUCCGGUGUAAUGAAGCAAUUCGAUGCUCCAGAGUCGAAUAAAACGUGGGACUCAAAACCGCCCACUAACAAGGUCAUUACAACACAUGCGUUGAGAACCUCACAAUUCUAUCACAGACAAAAAGAACAAGGCGGCACCACAAACCCGCAGCCUGCGGCUGAACAACCCGCAGCCCUCUGCUGCACCUCUGCCACUGGAGGUACUCCCGGAGCCCCUGUGGAACCACUGGCGGAAAACGAGCCAAUAACUGCGUCAGCAAACCCACCACUAAGUCAUCAAGACCCUGAGCCGGAGCACCACCCCAACCCGGAGCAGCCCCGCUCCCAAACCAACACUCGCAUCCACACUGGCCUCACUCGCCAUGGAUACCGACUGGGUCACCGACGCAGUCGCCACACUAGGCGCACACUCUCUCCCGAAUCCGCCGAAGUCCACAAUCCUUGGCCCCGGCCUCCACGGCCUCUAGCUCUGCCACCACGGCCUCGAGCACCGCGCCCUCUCGCGCCACAACCUCUAGCUACUCGUCCAUCUCACUCAUGGAACCGAAAAGAGCACACUAGAACACAACCAAAACUCAAAACAAACAUAAACUCACCGCGGAAUCUCUUGUAG